AUGCCCUGCGAGGCUAGUACAUCAUCUUUCUCGUCUGGAGAAUCAGAUGACAUUUCUGAAGCUCUUGGUUUGAGAUUCAUAGGUGCAGGUCAAUAUCUAAAGUGGAUAUGUGCGUUUGCACAUCAGCACAGACUAGACGUUGUCAAGUUUGUUGGGAUUAAAGUCUGGCCGACAUCCAAUACGAGGGAGAUGACUUUUAUGUGGGUCGCGUAUUCAAAUCCAAAGCCGACUGCAAAAUCAAACUUGCAAUACAUGCUAUAAACAGGAAGUUCCAUUUCAAGACCACUCGUUCUAGCCCUUCCAUACUACUUGCACAAUGCGUUGGUGAUGCAUGCCCAUGGCGCGUGUAUGCGGUCUUGUUAGAUGCAAGUGGGAACUUCCAAGUCAGACAAGCUAACCUAGUUCACUCUUGCACCGUUGAUGACCGUAGAAACUACCACAAACUUGCAACGACUGUCGUGAUUGGCCAGAUAUUGCAAUCUCGUUUUGUUGGUAUUAAGAAGGGCCCCACUGCCGCAGCAAUAAGGAAAAUAUUGCUAGAUGAAUUUCAUGUCAACGUUUCAUACUGGAAAGCUUGGAGAGCUAGAGAGAUGGCGAUGGAGCAUGCAAUGGGGACAAUGGUUGGAAGUUAUGCACUGAUACCUCCAUAUUUGGCACUCCUUCAGUCUUCUAAUGUAGGAACCGUAUGCUACCUAGAAAGUACGGAUGAAGAAGAAGGUGGAACACGGUUUCAAUACUGUUUUGUUGCUUAUGGAGCAUCGGUGGCAGGGUAUUCGUCUAUGCGGAAAGUUGUUGUUGUUGAUGGGACGGCGCUUAAAGGGAAGUAUGGUGGGUGUCUACUUUCAGCCUCAGCACAAGAUGGGAAUUUCCAAGUAUUUCCCCUUGCGUUUGCUGUUGUUAAUAGCGAAAACGACGAUGCUUGGCAAUGGUUUUUCCAGAGGCUACAAACUUUUGUUCUGGAUACCCCGGGCUUGGUUUUCAUCUCUAAUCGCCAUGCAAGUAUUGCCACUGGACGGUCUACAACCAUGCUCAGCAUGUCAUAUGUGUUGUCCAUCUGUGGAGAAAUGUGAUUGCAAAAUACAAGAGUAGCAGACUCGCGAACCUUAUGUCCGCUGCUGCAAGAGCUUUCACCGUGACUGAAUUUAAUAAGAAGUUUAUUGAAAUUCAGAAAAUCAGCCCAAAUUGCGCGGCUUACUUGGUUGAUAUAGUGGACUAGGGUUCAUUUCAGGGGGAAUACGUUCAACGUCAUGGAUUCAAACAUAGCUGAAUCCUGGAAUGGUGUGCUUAAGGAAGCACGUGAAUAUCCCCUCAUUACCAUGUUUGAGUACAUACGUACAACAGUUAUGUCUUGGUUUGCAUUGCGUCGAGCGAAAUCAACCCGUGAGCAAGGAACUAUCACCCCAAAUGUCAGGAACCUCGUGGAGGAAAACUUUGAUCUCUCCACCGCUAUGGCUGUACGUGAUAUAGCCGAUCUUGAAUACCAAGUGCAGGACCCCACCGGGGAGUGCUUCACAGUUUUAUUGGGUCCCGGUACUUGCACAUGUGGUGAGUAUCAACUAAUAGGGAUACCCUGUAUGCAUGCGCUUGCUUGUUCAACCAGGGUUGGAUUUCCAUCUGAUGCGCUGGUGGCACCGGCUUACCGUGUACCAACAUGGCGACAAGGCUUCAUCGGAAAAAUAUAUCCGGUCCCAUCUGUUGGUGGAUUAGAACUCGGAUCUGGAACUAGAGCUCCAUUACUUCCACCGGCAGUACGCCGCCCACCUGGGCGUCCUAGGAAAGUCUGCAUCCUAUCACGUGGGGAG